CAGGCUGCAGCCAUAGCAUCUCUGUUAGCCUAUGGUUGGUGGAGUUGCCAGUUAUUGACAUGGAUUAAAGGGACUAUGAGUGUUAUUUUUCACAUGGCAGUGCUGUGGAAAAGUAAUUUAUCCGUCGGUUACAUGAAUGGAAUAAACCCUUGUCGUCGGCUUCAUCGGAACAGAGAAAGAAGAGAGAAGGUGAGCAGUGACCAUGGAGACUAUAUUUCACUCUCUCUUCACCACAGCUGGCCAGCUGCCUUGGUUGGUUCUGACUCUGUUUACAUUGUGGACAGUCUUGUGUUCAGCAGAUGUAAAGCAGACAAGACGGCCAUUAUAUUCCCAGAAGCCAGUUCUUCUUACAUGGAAUGCCCCAACACAGGAGUGUGCCCCGCGACAUCGUGUAACUUUAUCUCUGGAUCAGUUUGACAUUGUGGCAUCGCCCAAUGAGGGCUUUGUCCGGCAGAAUCUCACUAUUUUCUAUAAGGAGCGUCUCGGGUUGUAUCCUUAUUAUGAGCGUGGUGGCAUCGCAGUGAAUGGAGGUCUUCCACAGGUUGCCAGCCUUACUCAGCACUAUGAAAAAAUGCCUGAAGCUGUGCAGAAAUACAUACGUGAGCCAGAGGCAAAAGGUUUGGCUGUGAUUGACUGGGAGGAGUGGCGCCCACUGUGGAUCCGAAAUUGGAACAUUAAAGAUAUCUAUCGAAGUAAAUCCCGUGAAAUGGUGGCCAAAAAGAAUCCUAAGUGGACCCCAGAACAAGUAGGAAGAGUUGCACAGCAGGAAUUUGAGCUAUCAGCUCGCAAAUUUAUGCUGGAGACUCUAAAACUUGCCAAGAAUCUGAGGCCCAAUCAACUGUGGGGCUUCUACCUGUUUCCAGAUUGUUACAACCAUGACUACAGGGGUAGCCUGAAGAACUACACAGGCCGCUGCCCUGUUGUGGAGAUGGCCCGCAACGAUCAACUAAAUUGGUUGUGGAUGGAAUGUACAGCAUUCUUCCCGUCUAUAUACAUGGAUAUUGUACUGGAGUCUACAAAUUAUGGGCAUCUCUUUGUCCGAAACAGGGUGAAGGAAGCGAUGCGUCUGGCAUCUGUUGGGGACGGAUUAGCACGUCCUGUUUUUGUUUAUACCAGACCUACUUACAUUAAUAAGAUGACCCUCCUAACUGAGACAGAUCUGGUCUCCACCAUUGGUGAGAGUGUUGCACUUGGAGCUGCAGGUGUAAUCUUCUGGGGGGACACCUCCUAUGCAAGCAGCAAUACCAGCUGCUCCAUCCUAAAUGAGUAUCUUCGGGGACCGCUGGGCAGGUACCUGCUCAAUGUGUCCACGGCAGCAGAGCAGUGCAGUCAGGUGGUAUGUAAAUCCCACGGCCGCUGUCUUCGCAGAGUACCAGACAGCGAUAUGUACCUGCAUCUCAGCCCCUUAACACACAGCAUCACCAGUCAGGGUGGCCAGCUGAAGGUUACAGGAGUGCCUGGCCAAGCUGAGCUGGCUCUUUUCCGCACACAUUUCCAAUGCCAGUGCUACCAAGGGUACAGGGGUGAGGCUUGUGCUCAGAAAGAAAAAGGGCAGAAUAGAGCCUCCUCUGUCUUAGGGACCUGGCCUCUUUGCCUUUUACUCCCACUAGUACUCCUCACUCUGCUACACUGAGGAAACAGAGAAGCCCAAACUAUUCACUGCUUCUGCCAGCCCUGAAAAGGACAGUUCAAACUUUUUGACGUAAAGGUAGUAGGUUACCGUGCACUAGUAAUAGUGAUGCACUGACAGCAAAAGUCGUCAGUCCUGUCAUCAGACAUCCCCUAGUAUGACAGGACAUUUUUAUCCCAGCACACAGGCCCAUCUAAAAGGAAUAUUUUUGUCUGAAAAGUUGCACUGGUAGAUCUCCAACCUCAGGACUGCCUCCUGGAACUAAUAUCCAUCCAUUAAUAUUGCAGCUGAUUGUUAACUUACAUCAAAUGAUGUCAAAAAUCAGAACUGUCUUUUAAAGGCCUUUGCCAUGCUCCAUGCUGGCCCUGACCUCCAGGUUGGAUUGUCCACACAGAGAAAUGCCUUAUGAAAUUUAGAAUGUUUUUUAAAUUUUUUUUUAUUAUUAUUACCAGCCGCGACAGCAUGGCUGGUAUUGUUUCCACCUUGUGAAUCUGUGUGUCUGUGUGCGUCAUAAUGGCAAAAUGUGGUCCCGGAGACACCUGCUGUAGCAGGAACUACCACAGAUGCAUUUCUGAGUACUUUGGCUGGUGUUAAUAUGUCUGUGGACAGAUUUUGUCAGAGAUGGAAACAAACAUGCACAAUACAGUCAAGAAACUUUACGGAUGUGUAGUAGUGAUCUAAAUGAAGGCCGAGUUCAAACACGGGUGUGGUCUGACCCUUGAGUGGUGAGUAGUCAUGUAAUGUAGUAAUAAUUACUGACUAGUCAUUUAAUAGUGGAGUAACGACUACUGAUGGGUCGGAACAUCAACAUGGUGACGGGUAUUGUGGCUGGAGUGAUCUCAUUGUAAGAUGGUCUCUAGUCUAUCUGUUUUGUUUUAUGAUGAACACAACAGUGGAACAACAUGACAUUUAAGCAAAGGUUUGGGAGUAAGGUACAUUGAUGCCGAUCGAUCAACAGUAUUAAGUUGUUGGUGCGUUACAACAAAAUGGUACUUUUAGGUAUUGUGCAUUGCCAUAUUGCUACCUAAUAGUUUGUAUCUCUUGAUGAAUCAAGCUCUUAAGUGUUAUGAUCUAUAACCUUAUAACUAACAUAUAAAUAGUGCUAUAUGCCAGAAGUGAUAAAUUAUGGUAAAUACAGUCUUAAAUCUCUUUGGUUAUCUUUGGCUUAUAGACACUACAUGGCUGAUCCUCCUGUUUCAGUUCAGAAAUGUGCCUUAACUGGGCUGCAAAGUGCUCUUUUGUUCUUCUACAGUUGGUUUUGUGUACAGGUUGUGAUUAUUGUGGAUUUUUCAUCUCAGCCCUCUUCUGGGCACAGUGCUUUAUGAUGCUAUUAACUCCACAAUGUCUACCAGGCUGGAAGAGAUCGGUAAAGACAAGCAGAGAAGACAAAUGUUACUAUUUGUUUGAUACAAAUGGUAUUCUCUAAUUUAUGUGGAUUUCGCCAUGAAAAUAUGUCAUGUUAAAAAAGUUAAAGUUUUGAGAAUCCAGGUAAUGUAACUUUUGCCAAAUUUUUGUUAAUGCUCUAGAAGACAGACUGGCUUGUUCCAAAUAUACUGGUAUUGAUGUUUAUUUUGGCUGAUAAGAAACAAGAAAUGUUAAAAAUAUGUUUAUUUUCCAUGAACAAAUGUCUUGGCCGCAAUUCUUAAGUAACCAAAGUAAGGAAUUCUUUUGAAAAUGUUUGUAUUUAUGUUUUUUAAACAGUAAGAUAUCUAUAUCAACCUCAGUUAUCCAGUAUUGGCUGAGUUCUAUACAUUAUAACCAGUUUUAUUUUUUUUAGCGUGUAGUUUGACUUGCUUGCAUUGCAGCCUGUGUUGGACUCCUGCCAAUGACACUGUUGAUAGCAACUACUGUAGGUACAUCUUCAAACUAGUAGAGUAAAUAUAUUUGCUAGACCAAAGGUAGCUGAGUCGUUUCAUAUUUAUAAAGUAGUCUCUGAAUUUAUUCUGUAUGGAAGUGCUCAAAAAGGUGUUUAGGUACCUAAAAUUAUUGAGGAGUGAGCAGGAGUAGGUUUUGUUAUUUUUCACAAACUGGAAAAUGAAGAGUCACAGAACCUGUAUUGCAAUAGAACAUUUUAUGUAGCUGAACUUAUGAAAUUCUGCACUUUAACCAAUUUUCUGUUCAGAUGGCUCUGGCUUUAACUCAUGUAUAUGAGAUGAAAUUGUUAUUUUGCUGGAUUCAGACGCCUCUAAUCAUACAGUCACUACGUUACUGUGUAUUAUGAUGUUUUUCCAUUUAAUGUGUCAUCUUAGAGAUGCGUUUACUGUGAAUCUUAUCUGAACAGAAAUGUGUGCUUCUAUGAUUGUUAAUCUUCCUUGGCUAAAAUGAUCUAAUGGUUUAUUUGACAUUAUCUGUAAACACGAUUUGUUAGAGCAAAGAGUGCUUAACUGAUUAAUCAGAUUAAACACAGUAACACUGGUUUCUGUGGUAUUAAGACAGAAGAAUGACAUUACCCUUGUAUAAUGCUGAUGAUUUUUCCCCACAGUACUUAAGUGACAAGUUAAUACCAAGGAUUUCUCUUUACAUUUUAAUAGGAGGCUAAAAAUCUAUACAUAAAGGUAAAGGAAGAAGUGCUUUAAAGAGCCAUACUGAUGUUUUUUUGCAUGUUUUAGCCUUUUUACUACAAGUAUGUUAGGCACAUAUUGCCAACUAUUUUUACUGGGAUAGUGUUUUCAACUUUGAAUUUGCACUAACAAUCUUCUCUUAUAUGUACUACAUAAUAAUGCAUAGAUAACCUUAAAAUAAACUUAAAUGCACACCAGUCAGAAAUAAUAUAACAUCUGUAACUGAAGUAAAACAUGCAAAAACCAGUCUGGCCCUUUUAAGACUUGUUUAAUAUAUUAGGAAUUCUUCUUGAUAUUAUUUUGAAAGGAUGGAGCCUUACAGAAUAACAUUCAUUCUGAAAUAUUUAAGUAUCAGACCAAAUUGUCUAAAAAGGUUGGUGGAUAAUACUAUGUUAAAGCACCAGUUUCAUUGUGCAUAUGUUUAUGUUUAACAUGAUGUCGUCUUGUUCAUUCCACAACCUCAGAUUGAACUGUUGUACCAUUCCACCUCUCCAUUGUAGAAGUAGCCUGUUUUAGUUUUAAUAAGAAAAAUACCUUAAUUUAAAAGCCUUAUUUUGCCAAAGUGUAUUGAUGUUAUUGUUUUAAACCAAACUGGAGAAAAAUCAAUGGAUUUUGUAUUUAAAAAUAUUUCAUAUUUGCC